UUUAUAAUUAAUUGAAUAUGAAGAACGCAAUCUUCGCCUUAAUGGCAGUCAUGAUGUUGACUUCUAGUGUUGUCAGCGUACAGGCUAGAGCAACUGGAUUAAAGAAGAAUCUCAAGGCUCAGCCUACCGUUCAAGAACUUUUUGACUCAUUCUUGGAAGGAUUUGAUGUCAAUUCAUUUGUCACUAACUCAACUGAAUGUAUCCAUAAAACCGAAAAAGGAUAUGUAGACAUUUCUGAAGCUGUAAACCAUCUCAUUCACAGAGGAUGGACUUGGGAAAAUCACCUUGAUUUACUCGGAUCCUUCGGAAAUAUGACUCCAAUUACCAGAACCUGCUUUGAUGUUGCAGUUGGAGCCAGAGACCAAAUCACCGACUUUUUCGGAAACUUCGAUGGAUUCAUCGACUUUGCCACUCAAGUAAAGGAUGGAGCAAUUGCCAAUGCCUGGGAAUGGUACACAAUUUCUUCUGCCAUUGUCUCCUCGAUCCAAGGAAACAGACCAAAGGAAGUCGCUUUCCAAGCUGGUAAAGCUUUGGCUCUUCUUUUCAAAUUCAACCCAAGAUUCACCGCUCAAGAUAUCGUUAAGACCAUAGUUAGCCUUCCAAGCCUUAAGCCACUCGAAGAUUUUCUCGUCGGAUUUAUUGAGGGAUCAACUGUAUUCGAUUCAGAAAACAUCAAAGGUUGCGUUUCAGAGACUGAGUUCUUAGUCCAAUCAGUUGAAGAUGCCAACAAAGAGUUUUCCAGAGGAACUGAAGCUGGAUUUAGAGAAGGAGUCUUCGAAAUUGCUGAUGUCUUUGAAAGACUCAAGCCUCUCAAUGAAGGCUGCUACAAGGGAGCAAAUGAUGUGAUUAGAAUUGUAACUAACAUGUAUAAUACUUUUAAUUCUCCACUUGACAUCGUGAUCAAUGCUGCAAGAAAUGGACCAGCCAUCUCAGCCUCGGCCCUUGGCCUCUACCAGGCAUUCAGAAACGAAAACUGGAAGACUGUUGGCAGAGAGGGAGGAAGAAUCUUCUUCUAUGUUUUUAAGACUGGUUAAUCCCUUGUUAAAAAUUGUUAC